AUGACCAAAUGUGAUAAAUGUGGAAAAAAUAUAACUAAAAGUAAUCCUGGAUUAGAGUGUAAUCAAUGUGAAAAAAUAGUGCACUUAAAUGGAAACUGCUCUGGUCUUACUAACAAACAGAGGAAUGCACUAAAGGCCGCUGAGAAUCUAGGAUGGACAUGCCAAGAUUGUCUUGAACAUUCUCCGAGACGUAGUUCUAUCUACGUUCCCGGUGACGGAGAAGAAGAGGAUGAGGAAGAUAAUGUUCAAGAAACAGAAAAUUAUUCCAAAAACGUACAAAUUGAUAUCAAGCGGUUGUUGAAAGAUAUAUCAAAAGAGAUGGAAAAAGCUCUUCAAAGAGAACUGCGAGACAUAAUUAAAUCUCUACAACAUCAAAGCGAUAAAUUGGACGAGCUGACUGUGUCUAUAGAUGCCUUAAAAUUAACAAUGAAAGAAUUACAGAAGAAAAAUAUAGAACUCGCUAACAAAAAUAAUUAUUUAGAAACGCGUGUUGGUGCACUAGAGCAACGAAUAAAGGAUACUGAACAAUCGCAGCUAAACAAACAAAUUGAAAUAUUAAAUAUCCCUAAUAAUAACACAGAAAUGCUUAGCAACAUUGUCAAAAAAAUUGCAGAUAAAUUAUCAGUCUCUGUUGAUGAUAUUGAAUCUAUAAAACGUGUGCCAGGGAAAAAAGAAAAGCCCGGAAAUAUUGAAAUUACAUUCAAAAAUGAAACAGAAACAACAAAAUGGAUCACUGCAGCGAAGAAUUCAAAACUAUAUGCUCAUGAUUUCAUGGAUAAUCAGGCGGAGGCGACAGGAAAGCAGAUUAUUUACAUGCGUGAAGUUUUAUCUUAUUAUAACAAGAAAUUACUAUGGGAAGCGAAACAAAAGCUAAAACCUACCUACAAGUAUGUAUGGUAA